GGCUUGGGGGCUGAGAGCGCCCGCCUCGCCGGCCUGGCUGGUGCCCGCUGCCCGGAGGAGCCAGCGCCUGCGGACGGCGCCGCGGAGCCCAGCGCGGCAGCCAUACAAUGGCUUAUCCUGAGGAGCAAGGAGGCAGUCCCGGUGGAUUCAUCCGCCAGAACUCCGGCAGCUCCGUUUCCUUGGACUUCGAGCACCACACUGAGUACCGGUUUGUGGAGCAGCUGGAAGAGCGGUACAAGUGUGCCUUCUGCCACUCGGUGCUCCACAACCCCCAUCAGACAGGCUGCGGGCACCGCUUCUGCCAGCACUGCAUCCUGGUCCUGAGAGAAUCAAAUGCAGUGCCGCUCUGCCCUGUAGAUAAGGAAGUUAUUAAAUCCCAUGAGGUGUUUAAGGACAAUUGCUGCAAAAGGGAAGUCCUCAACUUAUAUGUGUAUUGCAAAAAUGCUCCCAGGUGUAACACCAAGAUUACUCUGGGACGAUACCAGGACCACCUUCUGCAGUGCUUAUUUCAAGCUGUGCAGUGUUCCAAUGAGAGCUGUCAGCAGUCAGUCCUCCGGAAAGAUCUGAAAGAGCAUCUGAGUGCCGACUGCCAGUUUCGAGAGGAAAAAUGCAUUUAUUGCAAAAAGGAGGUGGUCGUCAUCAAUCUACAGAAUCACGAAGAAAACUUGUGUCCCGAGUACCCAGUGCCUUGUCCCAACAAGUGUUCGCAUGUUAUUCUCAGAUCUGAGGUGGAUAAACACCUGGCUGUGUGUCCUGAGGUGGAGCAAGACUGUCCUUUCAAGCACUAUGGCUGUUGUGUAAAGGGUAAACGGUUAAACCUGAAGGAGCAUGAGAACUCAGCCUUACGGGACCACAUGCUUCUCGUUUUAGAAAAGAACUUGAAAUUGGAAGAACAGAUUUCUGACUUACAUAAGAGCCUAGAACAGAAAGAAAGUAAAAUCCAGCAGCUCGCAGAAACUGUAAAGAAAUUCGAAAAGGAGUUCAAGCAGUUCACACAGCUGUUUGGCAAAAACGGAAACUUCCUCUCAAACAUCCAGGUUCUUGCCAGUCACAUUGACAAGUCGGCUUGGCUAGAAGCUCAAGUGCGUCAGUUAUUACAGAUGGCAAACCAGCAACAAAAUAGACUUGAUCUGAGGCCUUUGGUGGAAGUGAUUGAUACAGUGAAAGAGAAGAUCACCCUGCUGGAAAGCAAUGAUCAAAGAUUAGUUGUCCUGGAAGGGGAGACGAGCAGACACGACGCCCACAUCAAUAUUCACAAAGCACAGCUGAAUAAGAACGAAGAGCGGUUCAAGCUGCUGGAAGGCGCCUGCUACAACGGCAAGCUCAUCUGGAAGGUGACGGACUACGCAGCGAAGAAGAGGGAGGCGCUGGACGGGCACACGGUGUCCAUCUUCAGCCAGCCCUUCUACACCAGCCGGUGCGGCUACCGCCUCUGCGCCAGAGCCUACCUCAACGGGGACGGCUCCGGGAAGGGCACGCACCUGUCGCUGUACUUCGUGGUGAUGCGAGGGGAGUUUGACUCCCUGCUGCAGUGGCCGUUCCGGCAGAGGGUCACCCUCAUGCUGCUGGACCAGAGUGGCAAAAAGAACCACAUCGUGGAGACCUUCAAGGCCGACCCCAACAGCAGCAGCUUUAAGCGUCCCGAUGGGGAGAUGAACAUUGCCUCCGGCUGCCCGCGCUUCGUGGCGCACUCCGUUCUGGAGAACGCCAAGAGCACCUACAUCAAAGAUGACACCGUCUUCUUGAAAGUGACAGUGGAUUUAACUGACCUGGAGGAGCUCUAGUCCCUCUUUCUGGGGGGAUAAAAGGAUUUCUUGGCUCCACAACCGUGCAGGAAACCUUUGGUUAGCACAGCGACUGAAUUUCAACUCAGUCCACAUUUGUGUUUGGCUUUUGCCCUUAGCAUGGGAAGUCACUUUAAAGCUUCCUAAGUGCUGCCUUCUUUUCCAGUUUGAAACUUAAAACACUUAGGAUAUCUUCUUAUUUAUAUUUUUCUGUCUCUCCAAAGAUGGUAAGUUUCUUGAAAGCAAGGGCCGGGACAUCUCUUUUUUGCUGGUGCUUAGCAAGGGUUUCUCAGGGCAGGCUCUCUAUGUUAAAUGUCAAGGAGGACGCAGGUGUGGAAUUCCCAGUUGAAAAUGUUUGGUAUUUGGUCUGCUCGUUCUAGACUUGACCGUAUGCCUAUGAAAGCCGUACUCUAGGGUGGAUUGUUCCAGAUCAGUAGAUGGAUGGUGUAAUUACAAGACAGUAUGACCAGUUGGAACAGACGUUUUUUGGGUCAGAUACUGAGCGACUAAAUAUUUUCAUGAAAGUCACCAGUAGUCAACAGACACAAUUUUUGAAGGCUGCAUAAGUGGUGACAAGAGUAGGCAUCUUCAUUCUCCCUGCAUAAAUACAGAUAAAAGUACCACAUAGCAUAUAAAAAAAGGAGAUAUAAACAUCCAACUAAAGUCCAGAUUUUACUAAGGUCAACCAUAUGGAAAACUGUUUUCAUAGAUCAAAAUCAAAUAUUAAGAGUUUAAUAAGGUUCAACUUAAUAUAUAUGUAUAUGUAUACAAAUAAUUUAAAGAUAUUUUGGUAUUAACAGUAAAUUAAUGUGAGGAUGGGCAGAAGUUAGUAUACGAUGGAGGAAAUGGCAUAAAUGAGUGAGGAAUUUAAAACCGAGGGAAGACAUCAUUACAGUUUCCCAUGGGCGUCAGAAGCACUCCCAUCUAAAACUGACUGCUAAAAACAGUUCUGUUCUUCUUGAGAAAAUUUUUAUUUCAUAAAUUGAUAUGAAAAUGGGUAUUUAUAUAAACUCUUGACUUUCCUUGUUGAAAACCUAAGUAUUCUGUGAAGAAAUAAUUAUGUUCUUACAUAUGUUUUCUGUAUAGGUCUGAAGGUAUACAAGGCAAGACUGAGUCCUUCUGACUCUUGAUAGACCUGAGGUUA